GCGCCGAAGGAAAAAGACGCGCGGCGGCAGAGGGAAGAAACCACCGUGGCCUUCGCCCUGAGAGGGAGACGGGGAGCGGUCAGGUCCAACGGCGCGCCGAGUGACCGGUUUUUUUGUUUCUGAGUAACUGGUGCCUUUAAAUAAAAACAUUGAACCGCAGCUGGGACGUCUAUGGUCCCGCUGGCACUGUGGUUUCAGUGUUAAAAGCCGCAACGGACAGACACUUCCGCGUUGGGACUCGAGAGACAGGCCAUCGGUAAUAACUCCCAUUUGCCGCCGGGCACUGGAAACAAACCAGCAUGGACACCGAGAUGCAGCCCAUUACGAGGAAUGGGAGCAAUGGGACCUCAUAUUCGUCUCAUGAACGGGUGACGGCGGGCAAUGGAGGCGGUGUGGCCUACACGACCUCAGAGGUGACAGAAAAAGACGGGUUGCUUGCCGAACAGGUUACCGGUAGUAACGGGGAGACGAUGCUCUCUGUCCAUGCGGCAGAAGCUCAAUGGAAUCCUCUAGAGAGUAAAUCUGCAUGCAGGAUAAAGAGAGAGCUGAAUCUGAUCGUUUUCUGGAGAGUCAGACUGUGGAUGCUCCUUUUCUUCAUUCUUCUCGUCGUCCCUGCCCUGAUAAUUGUUUCGCUGGCAUUGUGCUCAGCAGUCCACGAGGAUGCGGAUGAGAAGUUUGACCCGUCGUUGUUUAAAGUUCCUCGGUAUUUCAACGGGAGCUUCCAGCUGCCCCAUCUGGUCCUUACGGAGGAACUUCUCACCCCUUCUUCCAACGAAAGCCAAGCACUUACUGCCGACCUUCAGGAAAAGCUGGCUGACAUCUACAGGUCCUCCCCUGCUCUGGGACGAUACUUCUCCAAAGCUGAGAUCUAUGCUUUACGGAACGGUUCAGUCACGGCUGACUACCAGCUGACAUUUCUCAUGCCCGAGGAGCAGCAGGAGCAACUGAGAAACUUCACCCUGAGCAGGGAGAUGGUCUACAACGUGUUCAGACAGUUUCUAUAUGACCAGGAGCCAGACAACUCCGGGCCGCUGUUCAUUGAUCCCCUUUCACUAAACAUGUUUUGAAGACAGUGGUGGCAAACGCUCAAAAACAGACUGGAAAAAGGUUGCUUUGCCUUGCCUGUCAUUUAAGUGAGACACUCAGCAAACACUAAACCUCCUACAGUAACGCGGGUUGCGGUGGCACAUGAUGAAUCAGGCUUCUGUGUGACUUUCCUGUGAUUUGGAGAAAUUUUGCAUAUCAUGGGUCUUUAUCACGGGAAGCUACGUAGCCACAGUCCCACAGAUCUUGUGGGAAGAUCACAUUGUGUGUGUUCUGUUUAUUAGGCUCUGAAGACUGUUCUCAAUGAAAUCAAUCAACAAUACGGGACUUUUCAGGUAAAAUGGACCUCUGCCCACUAUCAUACUGAGUAGCUUAACUCCCAAGACAAUGCCAGCAUAUAUCAGGGCUUUGCUUAGUAUAUGAAAUACCGUUUUUUAUAUUGUAUUUGAAAUCAUAUUGUGUAUUACUAUGCCUUGUUUUACUGCAAGUCUUUUGAUUGUAAGAGUAUUGGUAUAAAUGUCAGUGUUUCAGUUAUUUAUAUUCAUUCCAUAUAUUUCAUUCAAGUGUAAUUUUAAGUGUUUUUUUUUAUUUUUAUUUUUUUUAUGGAAAUACAAGUGUUUAUAUUUGCAUAUCUGUGCCAUUAUUCUGCAUCACCAGACAAUGAUGCGCUGACCAAAACUGUGGAACGCUGUAAAAACAUUUGCCUAGAAAAGGGACAAACACUGUGGGAAGCUUAGCUUAAGAGAAUGACUGGAGCAGUCAUUUUGUAAGUGAAGUCUACACGUGUCUGCAUAGAACCAUAUGUUCUAUACACAAAGAAAUAAUACUUUGUGUAGUAUAUCACUAAAUGCAUCGAUUUUUUUUUUACAUAUCUCCCUGAGACAUACAGUUUAUAGGAGGGCCCAGUUUUACUCCUCGUGGUUGAACAGUAGAGGGAGUGUGUGUCCCGCAUGCAGCACUUACUGUUUUGUUUUUGUUAUAUUCCCUCACUUGCUUUCUCUGGCUCUAUCUGCAGAGAGCCAUCGAGAAAUCUACAUAGAUAUCUUCCUCUCAAGUAGAAUAAGCUGUAGGUCGUCGAAGUUGAAAGCGCUGGUGAUAUAUCACACAAAAUAUCAACUGGUGCAGUGCCAGUAUGUCGGAUGGCAGUCUCUUUCCCGGCAGUCAUCAUGUCAAGGCAUCUGUCCCUUAGGGAGAUCACAGCCGUGAUUAAUGUUUAUGCCAAAUAACGUGGUCCCAAACAGUUGUUCUUGUUGUCUUGUUCAGGAAAAGAGUCAAAGCUUGAGUCAACUAAGAUACUAAUUGCCACGUAGAGUUUUUUCUUAUCAGUUCAUUUUCAUGGUAAGAAAACAAAACAUCUGUUUAAGGUUGAUGUUAUGGUUUCGUUACAACAAUCAUGUAAGCUAAAUAAAGAAUAUUUUUUCAGAUACAGUGUUUAUCACUGCUGAAACUGUGCAGUUAAUGUGUAGCUCAAAUGUGAGUUAUUGCAGUCAUUCGGUUACACUAUAACCUCACAGUCAGCUGAUCCUUUUUUUUUUUUUUUUUGGACAACUGACUCAAUAAUCAUGAUACAAAGAUAUGGUGUGUAGGAGUAUGAGGUUGACAUGGAAAUGAUGAAUGAAUGGGAUUUUGGGGGUUUUGUAUAAAAAU